CCCGCCAUCGCGUAGCUUAGGAGUCCCUUGAGUUUCAAGUAUCGACAACCCUGAUUUUAUGAACUGGCUGCCAUCUUUUUGGAAGCCUAUUUCUUUGGAAGUAAAACGUUCUUGUACAUAGGAAGCCGCUUAGUCCACACUUUGCCAGGCCAGGUCCGCGGCCUACAUCAUCGCUGGCUCAGCUCUCUUGGGGCCCAUAUUUUUGGAUGACAGUCUUUCCUAACUAUUCGGUGCGGUAAAAACGGAGAUCAAGCUGUCCCACCCUCACCGCGACCAUGGAACUGCCUUCCCGCCAAAUGCGGGUCGAGGGGCAUCUCCGGCGGCGGUAGUUCAGCACCAUGCCGGCGGAUCCGCUCCCCAUGGGGCCGUCGAGUCACUUCCGCCACCGCCGUCAUCCCCAAAUCAGCAGCACAAGCAGCACAUUUGCUCAAGCACUCGUUUGGCGUCGCCCACUGGCGGCGGGAUCCCCGCGCAUGGCCGACCCCCUCGCCCAGCCGCAGCUGCCUCCGCCCCAACCUUGCGAACCGGCCCCAUAUCCACCCAGACAUUCCCCCUUGCAGCGACACCGCUCCCGCCGGAAUGCGCCAAGAUUGUAGACCCGGCUGGCGCGGCAUCCGUGCAUUGGCAACACAGGGAACCCCCGAUCUGGCCCCUUGCACGCCGGCCGGGGCGGCCUUUGCUGCCGUACGCGCUCGGUCCGGCAGUGCGCCGGCGGCGGCGGCGGCGGCAGGAAACUUUACAUCUGUUCAUGCUGGCGGUAGCGGCGCUGGCGUCAGCAGCGGGGGUGAUGAGAUCGCCGGUACCCGACAGGCGCGUGGCUGCGCCCGCCGUGGAUCAGCCGCCAGUGACCGCGUUGACCGCGGCGGCGGCGGCGGCGGCGGUGCAAUCGCUGCCGCUUCGUCCGCCGGCCCUGGUCCUGCUUCGGCUGGUGGGCGUGGCCGCGCCGCAACCGCCAGUGCUGUCAGCGGCCGCGGCGGUGGCGGCGGCGGCGGCGACGUGAGCGGACUUCCCGGGGAGCAGCAGGUCGUACAUUACGCGCGGGCAGGGGCGGCGGCGGCGGCGGGCGGCGAUGCUGUCAAGGCGGCGAUGGCGUUUCACCUGCUUAACGGGUGCUUCAUGAGAGCCAAGGGCGGCUAUGAGGGCGCGAUAGCGCUGGCGGCGGCAACCUCCUCUGCGGAACCUGGGCUGCCGGCUGCGCUCGUUGGGAUGGUUUCGGAGGGCGCGCCGCAGAGCCUGGUGGCGUACAACACUUUGUCGUACUUGACCCUGUCCGCCGAGGUAAUAAAUAAUACGGCUCUUGAGUAUCGGACAUGGCUGUGUGAGAUUUACAAGCUGCUGUCCGCCGGGCUGGUUUCGGUGCUGGUGGGGCAGCUGCGGGCGGCCGCAAACUCGACCCUGGAGCAGCAGCUGCUGGUUUCGGGGCUAGGCCUGCUGGUCACCAUGGCACGGGUCAGCACUGACGCGAGAAGCCGGCUGGUGGGCCUGCGCGGCGUGGCGCUGGCGCUGGCGGCAGCGCUGGGGCACGCCGCGGCAGCGGUGCGGGCGCCGGCGCUGCAGUUGGUGCAGCUGGCGGGAGCUGAUAUUCACACGGAAGGUGAGGGCUGCGCUGGGCUGGGCUGGGCUGGGGAGAUGGGGUUCACUCGCACUCGCCUGGGUCUAGACCUCUUCGGGUCGUACACGGGGCUGGACCAGGUGCUGAACUGCGCUGCGCUGCUGGCGGCUUUGGAUCGCCUGAGUGGGGGGGGCCCACAGAUGGACCCUGCGGACCAGCAGGCAGGAGCAGGCAAGACGGAGGAACCGACCCCUGGGUCAUCGCAACAGAAGACGCAGCACCAGGAGCUGCAGCGCCAGGCGCGACGAAGAGAUGAUGCGCACAAUGGCGGACCCUGA